UCGUCACUUACAAAAAGAGUCAAAUGCAAAGUCCGGAUCUUUUCUUAAGAGUUGCGAAGGCGAAGGUGAAGGCGAGUGGGUGUCUUCGAAGAGUUCAGAGUUCGAUAAACCGACUAGUUUCUGUCGCCAAGCGCUCAGCCACUGUAUUACUCGCGGCAGUGACUCCAGUGGUGUAUCUGUAACAAGUCUGAGCUAUCAAAAUGGAUCAGCAAGGGCAUGGAAACCCCCCUGUUUCAGGAGUGGGGGGCAGCUCAUCUCAGAUGCCAUAUGGUGUGGCCCCUUAUCAGGCGAACCAAAUGGUUAGGCCUUCUGCUCCUGCACCAGUUGGAUCUGUACAAUCUCCUCAAUCAGCAGGUCUCCCUGCCUCCUCAGCUCAGCUUGCACAGCACCAACUUGCUUAUCAGCACAUUCACCAGCAGCAGCAGCAGCUAUUGCAGCAACAACUCCAAAGAUUUUGGGCAAGCCAAUACCAAGAAAUUGAGCAUACGACUGAGUUUAAAAACCAUAGCCUUCCACUGGCCAGGAUUAAGAAGAUUAUGAAGGCAGAUGAAGAUGUGAGGAUGAUAUCAGCUGAGGCUCCAGUUGUGUUUGCCAGGGCCUGUGAGAUGUUCAUUCUGGAGUUGACAUUACGGUCAUGGAAUCACACGGAGGAAAACAAAAGGAGGACACUGCAGAAGAAUGAUAUUGCUGCAGCCAUUACAAGGACUGAUAUAUUUGACUUCCUGGUUGAUAUCGUGCCAAGGGAGGAUUUGAAAGAUGAGGUACUUGCAUCAAUCCCAAGAGGAACCCUUCCUGUGGGAGGCCCGUCUGAAGGCAUGCCUUACUAUUAUAUGCCACCACAGCAUGCUCCUCCACAGGUUGGAGCUCCGGGAAUGUUCAUGGGUAAGCCUGUUGAUCAAGCAUUAUACGGCCAACAGCCUCAUCCUUAUGAUGCAGCGCAGCAGAUGUGGCCACAUCAGGAGCAACCACCUGCCGAUUCUUGAGCAAGGGGCAGAUCAACAGGAAGCAUGAGUGACAGUAGGUUAUGCUGGAGAAGUUAUCUUCCCACCUGAGCACAAGAUGAAGAUACCAUACAAUGGUUAAAAGAGUCCAAAAGAAAUAAAUCUCCCAGAAACUGUUUUUCACUUUUUGUUGGGCAACUGAAACUGGGAUGCUGUAAAGUAGCUUGUUAAUAUCUUCUGUGAGUUUGAUUGAGAAAAAACUGCUGUAAAACUGUAACUUUCUUGUAAGUCAUGAUGACUGCUUGUAGGUUUUGGUUAUGCGAACAUUUGCAAUGCCUUGUUUUAACGUCAUCCAGAAACCUUGAUUUGAUUCCAACCUUUUA